AUGGCACUGUUAAUGAGCGACCAAGUCAUUCGAAUUGUCUUGUCUCGAUUUGCAGGUCAGCAUGCCAGUAGCCGAUACUUAUCUGUAAUCAAUGUGGGUGAUUCUAGAUUUUUCAACACGCAAAAGGAACUCGAUGCCACUAUUCAGGAACAGCAACAAUAUCCAGCAAUUCAAACAGCGGAUGAGAAGGACGUGGAUUUCCAAAAGCCCCAGUAUUCGUUGUCAGUUGCACACACGCUAUCUGUGGCGAGUAAGUUAGCAUACGAAGAUGUGGCAGUUGUCAAGUAUGAGUUGGAACAAGCAGGUUUUGAUGUCGAGGGAACUUUUAGACCAAUUGGAUACAAGGCAAGUAAUAAAUAUAAUGUUUGUGCUUACAUCGUGGAAAAGGAGAAUGAUGUUUUAUUAGUAUUUAGAGGAACAAAUCCUUUAAAUAUUCAAAACUAUGUUACCAACAUUGAUGCAGACCUCACUGCUAUUUCAUCCGCGCGUGAAGAUAUGGGAAGAGUGCAUAAAGGGUUUUGGGAUGCUAUGGGUGCUACUACUUCUUCUGACAACUUACUCGAUACACACAGAUCUUCUGAUAUUCGUGUAGAUAUAAACAGUACCUCUUUAUACCAAUCCAUUACGACCGCAGUAUUGGCCAUUGCACGCAUCAUGAAAUUACUUUCCUUUAAUAUUUUUGCCAACGUCAUUGAUCCGAUUGAUGCCAGCUGGUCUGGUAACGACUCUUCCGUUGUUCGACACCAAAGUAUGUAUACGCAAGCAGAAGGCUUGAUACUCAAGAUUUUUCAGGACACAGCCAUGGAAAAGGGUAAAACCAAGAAGCUGUACGUUACUGGUCAUUCUUUAGGUGGUGCUCUAGCCACCGUUUUUGUUGCCAAAAUGAUCCAAUGUGACAGUCCUUUGAUUGACUAUUUUUCAGGCUUAUACACGUAUGGCCAACCCAACAUUGGUGAUGAAGAUUUUGGAAAAUCUUUCGGUCCCGAAAUCACAUGCAAGAUUUUCAAUCAUACAUAUAACAACGAUGUUGUACCUCGCGUCCCAUUUUGGUAUAAUGCACCUCCCGGUACGUUGGUCUUUAUAGACGCUUCCUACAAGAUAUCUAUCUAUCCACCCAACCCAAAGACACAUGAACCUAUUCCAGUGCGACCCAUCUCUUUUGUUCAUUUAUCAGGACUUUUAAAUAUGUCAGUCAUUCGUAGACUCAGGUCAGAAACUCCUACACGUAUCUUAUUCCGCGUUCUGCUGCCUUUCUUUUUGUCAGAUCAUUUCCCCAGUGAUUAUAGUGAUGCCUUGUUGAACGGUACUGUCGAAUGGGUAGUGAUGGGUGAAAAAGAAGGUGGCAACGCAGACGAGGAGAAUGAAAAGGACAGCAAAAGAUAUAGUUUAGCAGUUGCAGGUGAAAAAAACCUGAGCGAAAUUUAG